CAUGCUGAAGGAUUCUUUGACUGAGGAUCAGUUGAAGGAUUCCCGUCGGGAAAUCCAGGUGGCCUCGGUAUGGGACGAAGACUAUGUGCCGGUGGCACGGCCAUCUAUGAGAUAUAAACCGAACUGGAUCUAUCCCUGAAGAUGAGUUUAUAGCACCAGGGCGAUUGUAUCUACUGCCGUUUGUCCGUUUCUCUGAGCCUGCCAUCAAUGUACGGUCUACUAAGAAACCUCGCUGUGCUGGGCUGCAUCUCGUCAGCCCUCGCAGCCCCCUUGACCACUUCUAAGAAAGAUUAUAUCGACUGGCGGACUUUCAAAGCCAACGGAGUCAACCUCGGAGGAUGGCUAGAGCAAGAGUCCACCAUCGACAGUCAAUUCUGGGACACAUAUUCCGGCGGCGCAUCGGACGAAUGGGGACUCUGCGAGCACCUAGGAUCCCAAUGUGGCCCAGUUCUCGAACAUCGAUAUGCGACCUGGAUCACCAAGAAGGACAUUGACAAGCUGGCCUCCGGCGGCGUCAGGAUCCUCCGAAUCCCCACCACCUACGCAGCCUGGCUCAAGGUGCCUGGUUCCCAGCUAUACUCAGGAAACCAAACCGCCUAUCUCAAGGAAAUCGCCGACUACGCCAUCUCCACCUACGACAUGCACAUCAUCGUGGACACGCACUCCCUUCCUGGCGGCAUUAACGGGCUUACCAUUGGCGAAGCCACGGGCCACUGGGACUGGUUCUACAACGAGACCAACUUCAACUAUUCCAUGCAGGUGAUCGAGCAAGUGAUCAACUUCGUGCAGAACUCCGGCUCGCCGCAGUCCUACACCAUCGAACCGAUCAACGAACCCGCCGACAACAACACAAACAUGGUGGUCUUCGGCACCCCUGCCGCCCUCACCGACCACGGCGCAGCCUGGGUCCUCAAGUACAUCAAAGCCGUGGUCCAAAAGGUAUCCUCCGUGAACCCCAAGAUCCCGGUCAUGUUCCAAGGCAGCUUUAAGUACCCCCAAUAUUGGGAAGGCGAUUUCCCCGCCGACACCAACCUCGUCUUCGAUGUCCACAACUACUACUUCGAGAACCGGCCGACGACCUCGGAGAACCUGCCGGAAUUCCUGUACUCGGAUGCGCGCACCAAGUCCGGCAGCGGCAAGUUCCCGGUGUUUGUCGGGGAGUGGGCGAUCCAAGCGACGUAUAACAAUUCGUUUGCGCUGCGCAAGCGGAACGUCAACGCGGGACUGGCUGCGUUCGGGGAGUAUUUCCGGGGCAGCUCGUACUGGACGGCCAAGUAUACGGGGAAUACGAGUGUGGAUGGCCAGGGUGAGCAGCAGGAUUAUUGGAAUUAUGAGACGUUUAUUGAUGCUGGGUAUUUUGAGUGAUUGCCAGGCCUUUUGCGGUCGAACAACGAUGUAUAUACUGUAUCAUGA